AUGUCUACGAACGACCGCCAAUAUGAGCUUGUCCUCUUAGGAGCAACUGGCUACACGGGAAAGCUGUGCGCAGAGCACAUCACUCAAUGCCUGCCGACAGACCUCCGAUGGGCUGUGGCAGGUCGCAAUCACAAGAAGCUUGCCGCUGUAGUAGAGGAGUUGAAGUCACUCAACCCCAACCGCAACCCACCAGCGAUCGAGAUUGCCGAACUCAACGAAGAAGACCUCGACAGCCUUGCUAAGAAGACGCAGUUACUCAUCACCUCAGUAGGCCCCACUGGUGAAACGCCAUGGGUGCGUGAUAUGGUUCAAAAAUACCACGAGACAGCCAAGGCCAACGGCACUAUCAUGAUCCCUCAAUGUGGCAUCGACAGCGUCCCAGCCGACAUCACUGCCUGGGUGCUCGUCGAAUGUCUCCGCAGAAAGCUUUCAGUUGCCACUGCCGAAGUAAUUCUCAGCCUACACGUGAUGAACACGCGCCCCAGCGGCGGCACCCUCCUUACCGUCUUCUCCCUCUUCGACCACUACUCCCUCAAAUCCAUUGGGUCAGCCCUCAAGCCUUUCUCGCUCUCGCCAGUCCAACCAGACAGUCCAGCAAGGCCCAUGCCAUGGACUACCAAGCUGCUAGGCAUCCGCACCGUCCCUGAUCUGGGCGUCCUGACCGACAACCCCCAAGGCGCCCCAGACACGACCAUCGUGCACCGCUCCUGGGGCCUCUACGACGGCGGCAGGUACUACGGCCCCCGCUUCCGCUUCAACGCGUGGAUGAGAGCUCGCAACACCUUCACGGGCGUGCUGUGGCACUUUGCGCUCAGCAUCGGAAUGACGCUGCUGGUUUUGCCGCCGGUGAGGUGGCUGCUCAAGAAGCUAGUCUUCCAGCCUGGUGACGGCCCCAGCAAGGAGGCUUCGAAGAAUGAUUAUCUGGAGUACCGCGCUAUUGGGGUUGCGGAUGAGGAGAAAGGGCGCCGUGCUGGUGCGGAGUUCAAGUAUCAGGGGAAUGGGUACUACUUGACUGGACUGUUGAUGGCGGAGGCGGCGAUGGUGAUUCUGCGCGGUGGUGAGAAUCAGGCGCGGAAGAUGGGAGGCGGCAUCGUUACGCCGGCUACCUUGGGCGAGGAGUAUGUGGAGAGGUUGCUGGGUGCUAAGGUUGGUAUCAGUGCCAGACUCCUUGACGAGUAG